GCAAAGCAAACGGCGCGCCCAGGGAAAAAGCCAGAGAGAAAAAAGGUUCCUUCGUUCGGGGCCGCCUGCUGCGCCUGCCCGACCAGACCACGGCCAGCGCGAGUGCUGCUCGGCCUCGGCCAGCCAGGGAUGCGCCCCCGAUCCGCGGCUGGGAUCUGAGGAUGGCAGCUGCGGUGGCGGAGGCGACGACGCCGAGGCGGCGCCGCGAGAGCGUGGCGCUCGGGGACCUGCUGCAGCGCGAGGCGUCGGCGGAGCGGGCCGAGGCGGCGGGGGGCGAGCGGCCGGGCGUCGCGGCGGGGCAGGCCGGCCGGGCCAGGAAGGGCGAGGACUACGCGCUGCUCAAGCUCAGCUGCGAGCGUUACCCGGGCGCUUCCUUCUCCGCAUUCGCCAUGUUCGAUGGCCACAACGGGGCCGCCGCCGCGGUCUACGCUAAGGAGCACCUCCUCAGCAAUGUGCUCGGAUGCGUCCCUGCCGAUCUCAGCAGGGACGAGUGGCUCGCCGCGCUGCCCAGGGCGCUGGUUGCCGGCUUCGUCAAGACAGACAAGGAUUUCCAGACUAGAGCGCACUCUUCGGGGACGACUGUGACGCUUGUCAUAAUCGAUGGGUCCGUUGUAACUGCCGCAUCUGUUGGCGAUUCACGCUGUGUCCUUGAAGCUGAGGGUUCAAUUUACUAUCUGUCGGCUGACCAUCGUUUUGAUGCUAGUGGCGAGGAAGUUGGCCGUGUAAUGGAAUGCGGAGGUGAAGUUGGAAGACUGAAUGUUAUUGGUGGAGCUGAGAUUGGCCCCCUUAGAUGUUGGCCAGGUGGUUUAUGCUUAUCGAGAUCAAUUGGUGAUCAGGAUGUAGGUGAAUAUAUCAUCCCUGUUCCUUUUGUGAAGCAGAUCAAGCUAUCUAGUGCUGGUGGUCGACUUAUUAUUUCAAGUGACGGUGUCUGGGAUGCCUUGACUGCAGAAAUGGCUCUUAGUUGUUCACGGGGGCUUCCUCCAGAGGCUGCAGCGGAUCAAAUUGUCAAAGAAGCAGUGGAUUCAAAAGGAUUGAGGGAUGACACAACUUGCAUUGUCAUUGACAUAAUACCACCAAGAAAACCAAAAUCCAGAUUACGUUCUUCAAAGAAGGCACGGAACGGCUUUAGCCUUUUGAAAAAUGUAUUUUUCAGGAAAACAAUAUCAGACAAAUUAUCUAAUGCUAACAAGGAACAUACUUCUGGGCCUGACUUGGUGGAGGAAGUCUUUGAAGAUGGAUGCCCGUCUUUGUUAAGAUGGCUAGACUCUGAGUAUCCUGUUCGAAAUAUGUUCAAGCUCUUCAUAUGUGCAAUUUGUCAAGUAGAGCUACAGUCUGGUCAGGGGAUAUCAAUACAUGAGGGUUUAUCAAAGCCAGGAAAGCUGUGUCCGUGGGAUGGUCCGUUCCUUUGUCACAGUUGCCAAGAGAAGAAAGAAGCAAUGGAGGGAAAGCGUCCCUCACGAGAUUCCUCCUCAAGAAACAGCGGGUCAAGCGAGUAGUGACCAAGGCCAUGAAUAAUCUUUGAGGCAACCACCUAACAAUGUUCCAAAUAGCUGAUGCAUAGCUGGUGUUUGGUAUUGCUGCAGCUAUUGGUCGGCUACAUGUAUUAUCAUGGGAUUCCAAUCUAAAAUGAACGGCUGGAUGUUAACUAGGAGGAGGUGCCUUUUUUGAAGAGCCUAUAACACUACUGAAGUGGAAUACCUGCCUGUUGAUGUCAACAUCUUCAGCUGGCCUUGCUGUUAACUGAGAAUAACAAUCUCUUCUAAGGUCAACCAUAAUGUAAAUUAUCCAUCGUAUAGAAGUGCGACCCAUAGCUGCAGCAUUGUAUUUUUCAUCUAGGAUUUAGGUGUGCGAUCCUUAAAUUCAAUUUGGGCAGAUCUAAAUUAAGGUCACUUGGCCCGUUCCCUGUUGGAACCAUGCCCUGUUUCUGGAGAUUCAUCACUGUAAUUAACACCCAAGGAGAUUCUCAAAACGUACAAACAUCUACAAUUACUGGGGAAGGAAGCUUCGACACGUAGUAAA